AUGUGAUCUGGAAGCUAUGCAUAAAAUUUAUAAGUAAAUAAAUAACAACGACAAGUAGUCUCUAUCACAUAAACCAGCUCUUGAAAUGGCUAUGAGGCUUAUCUGCAUUGCAGUUGCGUUGCUUGGAUACGCUACAGUUGCACGUCUUCAAGGAGGUGCCGUCGUUAAUGUGCAAUUCUCGGAGAGUGACUAUGAACGACACGAGGAGGCAGACUCACUGGCUCUCACUGUGUCCCUAGUGGGACCGAGCAUUAAUGAUAAUAAUGUAGCAUUGCAAGUUAAUGCAUAUACACGCCAGCAAUUCGUUUCUCGAGGAAUCACUUGCAACAAUCCUCCUAAUUUCUCUGUUGAAAUAGCUGAUGAAGGAGAAGAAACGGAGCUUGUCAGCAAUUUCACCACCUGCUCUGGAGUUCCAUCCGCAGAGCCCGGGACGAAAAUCUUAUGUUCAUUCGAUAUAGUUCAAGAUGGCAGCCUUGAGAGGGACGAGUAUUUAGUAUUUGUGAUGAGGCUAACGAACAAUAAUGGCUAUAACGUGAACGUGGGGAGAGACUGUACUAUUGGCAGAAUUUCUGCCCACGAAUCUCUCGCAGUUUUGACUGAAAUAGGCUAUCCUUUGGUAAUAACGAAUAGUGCUGAACUGAUUGAGGUCAAUGAAGGGUCAUCCAUCGUAUUCCACAUUGAGAAGAGAUUCCAGACGGAACUGGACAUCACUGUUAAAUUUGAGAUCAGCAACGACCCACCUGUUAGCAGCAAUCCACUUCUGUCAGGAUCAUCACAAAAUGAUGAUUUUAUUAUCAGUCAAGUGAUAAUUCCAGCUGGAACAAGUAGUGUAGAUAUUCCCAUGGAGAUUGUCGAUGAUGCGUUGGUUGAAAGAACUGAAUAUCUUAGUAUAAUCUUUUUAUCCAGAGUUUCUGGUCUCGAUAUCGGCAGUGAAUUGCCGAUAGCUAAUAAUAGGUUCAACGUCGCUAUUCAUGAUAAUGAUGUUUUGAGAGGUGGUCUUGAUACACCAAAUGACGUGGUAACUGUAACAGAAGGGAAAAAACUGGUGAUAUGUGCUGAAGUUAUUGAACUUGAUCAAAUAAACGUACUGAGGCAGACUGCCCUGGAGCUGAGAGUUGUGGAUGGAUCAGCAAUGAGUGGGACACACUUCAAUUAUUUUAUGAAUGGAGGAGGCUCUUCUAUUAUCAACCUGGAGGAGGGACCUGGUUGCAUUACCAUCUACACCAUGGACAAUGCACUUGCAGAGGGAAACAAGAUGUUGCAGGUGGACUUGAUUGACAAUAUUCUGGCGGAACUAUCGGACCCAGCUGAUGCAGAGAGCUACAGGCAGUUGAACGUGAUCGAACCAACUACAGUCACUGUUGUUAUUAGAGAUGACGAAGGUCCACCUAAUCAGCCUAACAUCAUGAUAAUAGGAAGCGUACCGAGCAUAGGUAGUCAACUGCGUAUCACCUGGGAGACAGGAGACGAGGACGGUACUCAUCCAUUUGUCUGUCACUUCGGUAUCAUAACUGAGCGUUCCAAUGAUUUGGAGAAAGAGAUUUCUUUCGACUUUAACUUGUGCAAUAUGGACCCUCCGUCUACAAGCAAGCAGUUUAACUUCCAAAACUUUGACCCAAUCAAGACAUAUACAGUGGUUGUAUGCUCCAAGAAUUUGCUUGGACACAAUUGCAGUGAUCCUGUUGUAGUCUACGAGCCCGUGCUUUCGCCAGGGCCGGGGUCAGUACUGUACAAAGAGCCUACACUGUCCCCAGGCAUUAUUGCUGUCAUUGUGAUUGUAGUACUGAUAGUUGUAUCCUGUUGCCUAGUGCUCGUUCUAUUAUUGGUAUUCUGCCUGUGUUGUAAGGAGACGUUGUAUAAAAACUAUCGUCCUGAGAAAAGAGAACAAAAGUUUGGAGCUCUAGCUCACGGCCAUGAUGCACGCUAUCUGUCAGAAGAAUCAGUUGAAGAUAAAGCAGAGCCACAUGUGUACUCAUGAGCACAGCCACUGAACACCACCUAUUUGAUAAGAUGAGCAUUCUAUAAAGCUUUACACGUAUAACCAACUCAAACACAUUAUUUUUAAAACAUCCUUUUUACUUCUUUGAUAGCAACAGAUAACAUUUUUUACCCUCUUCUACUUUUAUAAUUGUUUUUCUUCAUUGUGAA